AUGUCUGCUGAGAACACGGAUAAGUUUGACGAUUUGGAAACAGUUGAGCUCAACGAGACCCUGGAUCAAGAACAUACGCAGGGGAAUCAAAGUCCCGUUUCGAGCUCUUCGAUCCAACCGGCUCAAAAGACAAUAGACAAUGAAAGUGACAUCCUAAUAAAGAAAUACGUGGAGGCGUGUCAAACUGGUGAUUUGGUAACAGUGAAGGACUUGAUUGAAUCUGAGGCCAUUGAAUUGGGUUCAGAUGUGGAUGAAAAUAACGUCAGUGGGCUUCAUUGGGCUGCUAUUAAUAAUAGACUCUCUAUUGUUAAGUACUUGGUGUCAAAGGGGGCUGAAGUUGAUAGACCUGGUGGUGAUUUGAAUGCUACUCCAUUGCAUUGGGCUUGUCGUUAUGGUCUGGUAUACAUUGUGGAUUAUCUAUUAAAGAAUGGUGCGGAUCCUACUAAAGCUGAUUCUCAAGGUUUCAAUACCCUACAUUUAGCUGUUCAUUCUUCAAAUAUCAUGUUGGUGAUUUAUGUCUUAGCAUUCGUUGAUCAAGUACCAAUUGAUUCAGCAGAUCCACAGGGAAGAACUGCACUCAUAUGGGCGGGUUAUCAAGGUGAUUCAUUAAGUGUUGAUGCGUUAUUGAAUUUUAAUGCUAAUGUUAAAUUAGUUGACGAACAAGGUUUCACUGCUCUUCAUUGGUCAUUAAUCAGAGGUCAAAAGGAUUGUAUCAAGCGAUUGAUUGAAAAAGGUUCAGAUAUUUAUCAAAAGACAAAUGAUGGAAAAACUUGCUUCGAUGUUGCUCAAAAUAUGAAUAGUACUGGUGUAUUGAAAGAUGCUUUAUUCCAAUGUGGUUUAGAUCCAUCAGGGAACCCAAUCACAAAACAUUUUUCAGCUAAAGGAGCUAAAAUAAUCACAUUCUUGACUCCUUAUGCUCUUUUAGGAUCUGCUCUAUACAUCAAUGCUCAAACAAAUGCAUUUUUUGCAUUAAUAAUAUCAAUAAUUCUAUUCUUAGUAUCAACCAAAAUUUUGAAGAAAUUUAUAUUCCCUUGUUAUGUUUUAAGCUCAUCACCAUUUAUUAAAUCACCUUAUUUAUCUGGUAUAUUUUCAGGUACAGCAUUUUGGAUUCUUUUUUCAUGGAUCUUUACAAUUCUUCCAUAUACUUUAUCAGAAGCACCAUUAUCAAAUUUAAUCUUUGCAGGGCUAAGUACAGCUGUUGUUUAUUCAUUUUUCAAGGCCAUGUUUAAAGAUCCUGGUAUUAUUCAAACUCCAGAUUCUAAUGAAGAAAUUAAGGCAACAAUUGAAGAAUUAUUACAAAUUGGGAAAUUUGAUGCAAGAAAUUUCUGUAUUAAUACUUAUAUUAAAAAACCUUUGAGAUCAAAAUAUUCUUCAUUAUAUGAAAAGUGUGUUGCUAGAUAUGAUCAUUUUUGUCCAUGGGUUUAUAAUGAUGUUGGUCUAAGAAAUCAUAAAGUAUUUAUGUUUUUCGUAAUAUCAUUAGAAUUGACAAUGUUUUUAUUUUUCCAUUUAGUUUUGGAGUAUUUUGAUGAAUUAAAAGAAACCAAGGAAGAAUGCUUUUUAUUGGAUGAUGAUUUAUGUACAGGAUGCUAUGAAUCCUCAUUUAUUUUCACAUUAACUGCAUGGACCAUUUUCCAAUCAAUUUGGGUUACUUUCUUAUUAUUCUCUCAAUUUUUCCAAAUUUCAAAAGGUUUAACAACUUUAGAAUUAUCAGUUUAUACCAAACGUGCUGCAAAUGGUGCUAACCCACAUUUCUCAAGUGCUCCAGCAGAACUUAGCGGUGGUGAUUCUAAUACAGCUCCUUUUGCUCCAAAAGAUCGUAAUUGUUUGAGCACAUUCUGUUUAUUAACUGGUAUUGAUCAAUUUGCAAUUGCUUUUAAACAAGUUUUGGGAUUGAAAAGUAAUUCACCAAUUGAAACAGUUCCAACUGAUUAUGGGGUUAAACAAAAUUGUAUUGAUUUCUGGUUUGCUAGUGGUGAUGAACGUUUAGAUGUUAGAAAUGUUUUCAAAUUACCAGUUAAUAGUGAAGCUAAUUUGAACGGUCAAACUGUUGAUUAUUAUAAGUUAUACACUUUACCAGAGAGAAGAAUCGUCUAUGAUCAAAACAUUGUGUGA